AGCAGCAACAGCAACACUGAGAAAUUGUGAGUGCUAUGGGUAAGUGGACUGUUAAAAGAUAGCAGAUAAUGGACAAAGUGAGACGAAAGACAGUUCUCCACAGGUCUAUCACAUUUUUAUCUAUCCAUCCAUCCUGGAGAGGGAGAAGGAGAGAACGGAGGACUUGAACAGGCUGACUGGGAUGGGACUCUGACAGUACUCAGUUACCUGGAUACGGCUUCCUGAAAAAUGGGGGUGUAGCAGGGAAGAGCUCAAACCAAAACCCAGUGAUUUACAUGGACUUGUUCAGCCCGGGUGUAAUGAUGAAAUAAUCACCCCUCUAUCCACACAGACACAUGGAAUGGUGAGGGUGCAGAAUUCACCACAACACUUCUUACCACACACCACUCCUGAGUGUGCCAUUUGAACCAGCUGGGACGGACCAGACAGAACAGGGCAGAACAACUCCCAACCACUCCAGAAUUUUCUCCAACAGGACAUUGUAAUCAAUCCUAAGGAAAGUUCUCCCUUGGCCAAGUUUUGAGUGAUACCCAGAAACCUUGCCUGAUUUUAAUUAAAGAAAAUACUCCUAAGAACCACUUACAAACAGAUGGGUAAUAAGGUGUGAAUUUAUUUGUGAAUGAAUAUGGAAUGUUAAGCGUUUGGCUGCCAAGAAUUCAUUGUUUCAGCCUCCUAAAAUGCUUCAGUGCCCUUAUCAGUUGGUUGAGGAGCUGGAUUCUAUAAUUAGAAAUCCCUGGGAAACAUGACAACUGAGAGAGACUCGAGGACUCUGAUUUAGUUCAGAUUAACCCCAUCUAUGGACCCUGAGAUAAGAGAAUAACAUUGUACAGAUAUUACAUUCUCUUCAGAGCCGCACCUACAGUAUACAAAGAAUGAGGAUCUCCCCUGCUCCUGCUGCUCCUUCCUCCCUCCUUUUUGACCCCUUUCUUUAAAGGAGUUUAACAGAGACCCAUGGUACUUUACACUAAAGCAACACUUUGGCGAUAACGAAGAGCCAGCUAAGCACAUUGAGAAGUGUACUAUAUUCUAUAAUGUGACAUAGAGACUCAUAGAUUUACAGGUGGUAACUUGUGGGAAAAGACACCGGUUGGAAUGUGGUUUUAACCAAUCAGCAUUCAGGAUUAGACCCAGCUGUUGUAUAAAAAAUUAUAUACACAAAGUCAGAUCUUAACUCCCAGGAGGAGAAACCCAAAAUUGAGGUAAACUGGACAAAAUGGACAACAUGGCCGCCAAUGGGACCAGCAACUACCCAGCAUACCCCACCGACUUCCCCUACAACACCAGCCUAGACUAUGAGGACUACGACCAGGAACCUGACACCAGCAAGAUCAUCAUCCCCUCCAUCUACGCCCUGGUCUGCUGCGUGGGUCUAACAGGCAACACCAUGGUUAUCUAUGUUAUCCUUAAGUACGCCAAGAUGAAAACCGCCACCAAUAUUUAUAUAUUGAAUCUGGCAAUUGCAGAUGAACUGUUUAUGUUGAGUGUGCCGUUUCUGGCGACAUCGGCGGCUGUACGUCAUUGGCCAUUUGGCUCGCUCAUGUGCCGUCUGGUGUUGAGCGUGGAUGGCAUUAACAUGUUUACGUCCAUCUUCUGUCUGACGGUGUUGAGCGUGGAUCGAUACGUGGCCGUGGUUCACCCUAUCAAGGCUGCCCGCUACCGCCGACCGACUGUUGCCAAAGUAGUCAAUGUGUGCGUGUGGGGCCUCUCGCUCCUCGUCAUCCUCCCCAUUAUAAUUUUUGCCGACACAGUCCCGGCGCAGGACGGCGGUGUGGACUGCAACUUUCUGUGGCCUGAGGCAGCGUGGUCGGAGGCGUUCGUGGUCUACACCUUCCUGCUCGGCUUCCUGCUUCCUGUGGGCGCAAUCUGCCUCUGCUACUGCCUGAUGGUGGCGCGCAUGCGGGCGGUCGGGCUGAAAGCCGGUUGGCUGCAGCGGCGACGCUCUGAGAAAAAGAUCACACGGAUGGUGGUGUGUGUGGUGGCGGUUUUUGUCCUCUGCUGGAUGCCUUUCUACAUCGUCCAGCUGGUCAGCGUGUUCCACCACCCUCCCAACCCCAUGGUCACCCAGCUCUUCGUCAUCCUAAGUUAUGCCAACAGCGGCGCCAACCCGAUCCUCUAUGGCUUUGUGUCGGAUAACUUCCGCCGGUCGUUCCAGAGGAUUGUGUGUUUCCGUUGGUUGGAGUCUGGGCUGGACUGUGAACAGGUGGACUACCGUGCUGUAGCCCUGAAGAGACAGGCCACCAAUGGACAAAAAGACUUCCCUAAAGAAUGUCUGGCAUCUGAUAUGGUGUUCCGGAAUGGAACAUAUACCUCACGCACUACUACAUUGUGACAGGGACAAGGUGUUGUGGAUGGAACCCCACACUGAGAGUGAUAGGGAAGCAACGAAUGAAACCACACAUGAACAAUGACGGAGGCCAGUUUUGAUAAGGACCAAUUCAAAAUAUGAAAUAAAUUAUGUUCUCUCACUAUAUGCUGUGACCAUUAUACAAGCACAAUUUAAUUUCAUACCACAGCAUUGUUGAAUACUCGUUUCUGAUUGGCUGGAAGGGCAAUCUAGAAUGGGCAUUAAACAAGAUCAAGACGCAGUAUAAAGCACUGCACAAGCUACAAAGUUACAGAAAGCUAAACUUGCAACCACACAAACCGAAGGUGGAUUAUUGUAAAGGCAGGUCCAACGAGAACCUAGCUAGCUAGCAUUCAAUUGUUUUUGCAGAGACAUCUGAUGACCUAACGUGGUGAGUGAUGGAAUGAACAUGAAUUUCUAUGCUGUCAAAUCCACAUGUUUCUAGUUUGACCUGUUUUCAGUCACUGAUAUUGAAUUAGGUUGUCGUAUUGGCAGGUUUGCUAGCAUCAAAUUAUUUAGCUAGCUUCUAGCCUUGUGUUUGAUAUGCAAUAUGAUCUCCUCGUUAAAAAAAAAGAAGGAAAAGUGCCCUUACGAGAAGGGAAACUUUUCUCUGCCAGGCAAAAUCGCACAUCAUCAGCUCAUUGUUAUGGAUGUAUCCAAAUGAAUGUCAGUAGAAAACAGCUUAAACGCAAAUGUGGAUACUUUUCUGUUAAUUCUGGCUGCAGAUGUUGACGUGACUGUGUUAGCCGUGGUUGGCUAGCUAGAAAGCAAGGGAUAAGAACGUUAACAGACAGCAUGGAAAUAAAAAUAAAUACAAAUAACAAUGGGUCUUGUCCAUAGAUAUAGAACAAAAACAAUGAACAACAGCGAUAGAACUACGACCAGAUUUAGUGGAAAGAUGAAAGUAUGAAAUCACUUACCAAAAUGAAAAUAUCAUGAUUGUUAUUUAUAUCGAUAAAUGUGUGCUUUAAUAUUGUUUGUUGGAAACUGUGGUAUAAGCGGGAUAAACUCCUCCGUUCUGUCCAUUACCUCUGCCUCAUCCCGCUGCAUCAUGCAUUAUUUCCAAGGUAUCCCAACGCAUAGCACAGGAGAAUGUACGCACAAAAAUGGAGACUUUAGAUGUCAGUGUGUUGGUUGACUUAAAGCCAAGUCAGGACAACGACUUCUCGUAUUGAAGUGGUGCAGCUAUGACGAGUUCAUGAUUUUGACUUUGCAUUGGUCUUUUAGCUGGAGUUUACAGUACAUAUGUUUGUUUGACCUGUGUCUGCCUGUCUGUAAAUCUAUUGUAUCUGCUAUAUAUUAAAUAACUCAUUUAUUUGUUUAUUUAUUUGGGGGUUUAUCAUAUUAUUUAAUUUUUUUAUUAAACUAGGUCAAACCCUGUGCUUGGCUUAAGUACAUGGACAAUAGUUGAAUAAUUGACAGACUCAUUUGCCACAGAGUUCAAGUCUCUGAAUCAUUCUAGGGGUUAAAAAGUAUUCAUGCCAAAUGUCUCUGAGUGUUGCUGUGUUCUCUGUUUCUUUCACUUUC